AUGAACACUGGACUUUACCGAACAAAUAGUUUUCAAUCCUUGUAUAAUUUUCGUCGUUUGGUUUCAUCUCAAACACAUUAUGAUACAUUAGGAAUUGGGAAAUCCGCUUCGUAUAGUGAAAUUCGUUCAGCUUUUAUCGAACUAUCGAAAAAAUAUCAUCCUGAUAAAAAUGACGGUGAUAUUGAGAUGUUUAAAAGGAUCAACGAAGCGUACUCUGUUCUUUCUCAAGAGAAAAGUAGACGAAUUUACGAUUUCUCUUUAGCAUCAAGAGCUAAACCAUCAUUCACUAACUCGCCAAAUGAAUACGACGUUUCAAAUUGGGAGCGUGAUUUUAAUUUCCACUUACGUGCUAUGCGUUUUGGGGGAAAUAAAUGCAACACUAAAAGAAACCCUAAUAUAUCACGAUCGAUUUUCAUUUCAACAACACUAAUAGCAGUGUUCACCUACUUUAUUUCUAUAUAUACAUUUAUUAAAAAAACCAAAACCUGCAGAAAAGCUAACAUAGCUUCGGAUCACCACCUGGUUAUGGCCAAGACGGAACUGAAGCUAUAAAAACACUGGACAUCUAGACAAACAGCAUUAUGACGGCUCAGUACAGCCUUUCUUCGAGAUACUUUCAAACUCAACGAAUUCAAGAUAGCUCACAAAAACAGGUCCCAAGCCUCACAUGAUCUACUGAAAAAAGAAGAAACUUCUAUAGAAAACAUCUGGAAAGGGAUCAAAGAAGCAUUGACUUCAACGUGUCAGGAGGUGUUGGGUCACAAGAAGCAUCAUCAUAAGGAGUGUAUCUGUAUCGAAACCCUAGACAAGAUUCAAGAAAGAAAAAAUAAGAAGGCAGCCAUCAACAACAGCCGAACACGAACAGAGAAAGUCAAGGCAAAAACUGAAUACAUAGAAGCAAACAAGCAAGCAACUGGAAAGAAUUGCUCAGUACAGAAUUGUAUGCAGAAUGCUGGUGAGCGACCUAUGCUCAUCUAUGAGGGAUGACAGGUGUAAGUAAGUUUUCGCAAAUGAUAGUUUGUUAUAUUCAUUAUCACUCCAUUGUUUUCUCAAUAUGAUGAAUUGUUGUUACGAACAAAAUUUUUACUGAAAUGGAAUUAAGGAGAAUAAACUCUCUCGGAAAAUGUUUUUUCCGACUUACAACCAUAUUUUUUUCUAAUAUGUUUUUUCUUUUCAAUUAGUUUUUCAUCAUGGCUCUACACUAAUGAUUUACAAUAAUUAAAUAACACUCAUGGAGUAGAUACGUUACGUAAUAAUUAUAUAAUGACAUCGAUUAUAAACUAACAUUAAUUGGAAGAGAAGGAUUAAUACUAAUCAAAGUUAUUAUUUGGAAAUCAAUCAGUUGCUACGUUGCACAAUAUAUAAAAAGAGAAGAAAGAACUAACAAAAUAU